AGGUCUCUAUGGUCUGGUUAAUAAUGCUGGCAUUGCCAAUCCUAUAGGCCCCACUGAAUGGAUGACUUUGCAGGACUAUCGGAGAGUUAUGGAAGUUAACACAUUUGGGACAAUUGGAGUGACCUUAAGUUUUCUGUCACUAAUAAAGAAGGCACAGGGACGUGUUGUGAAUAUGGCAAGUGUUCUUGGGAGGAUCUCAGCCAACGGAGGCGGGUACUGUGUAUCUAAAUACGCUGUGGAGGCAUUCUCUGACAGUCUCAGGUAAACCACAUUCAUUUAGCACUCUCAGCCAAAGACUGUCAUCCAGAUUGGAAGAAACUGCCAAUGAUAACGUGGGAAUGGUAAUUCCAUAUUAUAAAAGUGGCAAAGUUGGGGGUAUUAUCUCGGCUGCAGGUACACCCUUGGUAUAUAUCAAGCCAUACUUGAAUUGGUUUCAUGUAAAAACCAAGAUCCCAGGGGACUCUACUAGCAUAACAAACACACCAAGUUGUGAUGGUUAUGUUGCUUAGAGUACCAAAUAUGUCCUGGUCGAUUGAAAACAGUUUUCAAGUAUUUCCCUGUAUCUGUGUCUACCUUGCUUUUCAAAAGAAAUUGGCUCUAUUAUAAUUGACCGCAGUAAGACAAUUUCUCACCUGCAUUGAACUAUUUUUGCUUCAGUGCUUCUCUAUGAGAAUAAUUGCGAUUUCUGCACACGCAUCCUAUGCCCACAGUGUAUCUCUAUGAAAAAUAUUGGAUCGGAUAGAGAUGAUGAGUAACAAUGAUGUCACCAUAGAUUUCCAGCCUGGAGAACAGUGCUAGAAAAAAGGUUGGCUAACUUUUGUGUGUGUUUUUUUCUUUUUGGUUUUUGUUUUUAAUUUAAAAAAAAGUGGGGGGAUGCCUAAAUCUAAAAUAAAACAGGAACAUUUCAACAUUAAAAAUAAAUGUUUAUUAACAUUAAAGCAUUGAAGUGUUCCUUUUCAUAUCCCUUUCUUCAAAAGUAGGUUCUCAUUUCUUUAAAAAGUUUCUAAUAUACGAGAAUUCUAAAUCGUCCUCACAUUCUAGUUUGACAACUUAUAACAGUUAUUUUUGUUUUGUACUGUAGCUCUAAAGACCCUAGAUAUUUUACAGGUACAAGUUCCUGAGGGUUGGAUAAACAAUUCUGACACACAAUAGCUGCAAAACAAGUUUUCUACACCAAGUAGAAUCCUAGUCUAUUUCAAUCCUAGUCUAGUACCAUGUAGUUAUAAAUCACAUAAGUAAUUAAAUAGCUACUUGAUCUGUGAAUAUUAUUAUUCUCUGGAAUAAUGGAUAUGACCAUAUUAAUCUAAUUUAGCUCUUUCAAAUUCAGUCAAAUUUUAAAAUUUAAGAAACAAUAUAUAUAUAUAUAUAUAUAUAUAUAUAUAUAUAUAUAUAUAUAUAUAUUGCAUAUUUAUAUGCAUUAGGAACACUUUUAAAUAUUUAACUGGCUUUUAAAAAGUAAAUAGCUAGCAGCUAUUUGUCAUCACAUGCAAACACAUUUAAGUGUGAUUUGUGUCCUUCGCAUUCCUUGUGAUAAAAGAAAAAUAUUUUAGCAAUGAUGUCAGCUAUUGCUUUCACUAUUUGCCCAAGUAGGUUGUUCCAUUGUUUGAUAAAUUCGUUAUAUAAUGCCAGUUUUGUAUCUUUCUUUGACUCUUAAGAGUUCCUAAAUCUUGGCGAAAUGCAUCCAAGUUUUUUUUCUGCUAUGAAUUAGCAAAUCAUUUUACUUGUAGAAUUUUAUUUUAAUUUUUUUUUCCAAAGCACAAUACUGAGCCAUCCAUGUCUAUCAGAGAAGGUUUAAAACAAAAUCUGUUAUUUUAAAUUGUAUAGUGAAUUCAUAGAUUUCUAUUUACUCACUUUUUUCUUAUUUAUCUUUUCAAGAGGUGAAUCAAUGUCCUUUUUAUUUUGUUUAGUUUAAGAAAAUAAUGCAACAUCCUAUAAAAUUAUAACUGUAUCUAUACCAAAAUCUUAGGGAGAUCUGCAUAAUGUGCAGAAUACCAAUAAUGUGUUGUGUAUCACUGAAAAGAAAAAAAAAUUUCCCCAGGGAUUUAUUUAAUUUAUUUGUUGCCAUAGGCUCAGCAAAGCCUGUGCAUCCACCUUCUUAAAUUUUUCAAGUCCACAAUUAAUCAUCAACGGAUAAGCAUGUAGGGAUUGAAAAUUGAAGCCAAAAUAGGUGCUUAUUGGAGAACUUUUACAAUUUGUCUGUUUUGCCCUAAAACAUGUAAUUCCCUCAUCAGCUCCCAUAUUAAUGAAUAGCAUUGCCAAGGUGCUAGUGUGUGUUGUUGGUAUUAUGUGUAUGGUAUAUAUGCAUUUAAUUUUCUUUUACAACUCCAUCAACAAACACUUAUGCACAGCUGGAUAAUGCAACCAAACUAGCCUCUCAUAUUUAAAGUAAAGCUGUAAGCACCAUAACCACUAUAGUUCAUUGGGUACAGCACCUCAGUUUUUAUUUCUUGCCAAAACUAUUUUUCAGUGGUACUCUUACAGGCACCCAAAGCCCAACCUCCCCAGCAGCCACUCAGAUAAUGCUGUCCAACCUUGUAUGGGUAAGAUGAGAUCUGAAUGGGCUGCACUUUGGCCACUCAAACAUUGGAAUACUGCAAAUAAAAUGAAUUGCAUCAUAAUUCUUACAAUGAGCUGCAGUAGUUAUGAUGCAUAGAGAGUGCUUUUAAAUAUUGUCUGCUGAAGUCCCCUCUGUGUGUUUCUCAUAAUAUAGUAGCAUCUUUUUAUAGAGGUCCUUAUAUUGCAUUCAAUAGCCAGUCUUCUCUUCAGCUAAGCAUGCAUUAUACAUGAGGCCUUGUAUAAAAGACUGAGACUGGGACAAUAUUUAGAAGUUCACUUAAUUCAUUUACCUCUGAAAUGUAUACAUUAUGUAUAAUCCAUGCUGCAAAAACACAAAGCAUUCACAGUACAAUGUGUAUGCUAACAUAAUAAUACAUAUUAUAUGGAACAACCAGUGGUGUCCUGGGACCUACAUUUAAAUUUAAAGAGCAAUUUUAGGGGAUAUUGUAUAAUAGCAGAGCAAAGACCAUGGUGUCACAAAUGCACACUACUAAGUGUGCUUCUGGCUUGGUUCCGGGGGUGAAAAAUCACUAUUUGUCUGCAGUAGACCAAAAAUAAUGAUAACAUUCCCUCUUAAAGGGACACUCCAGAUCCCUAAAGCACUUUAGCUUGCAGAAAUGCUUUAUAUGUGAAAAGUGUGUCCAUCUUUUUAUUUUACAAAUCGUGCAAAUUUCACCCCCGGUUGUCAAUCAGACAACCGUUCCUUUUACCUCCUUUGUGGAGCUAAACCCACGAGGCAGACAACUGCCGAGAGCACCUGCCUUACAAAAACUUCUCAAUGAGUUGCAUUGGGAAAUCUUUUAUUGGACAGCUACAGAAGGUCUAGGAGGGGUUAGAAGAGGAGGGCUUCCAAAGGCUUCAGACAAGAGAUCUGCAGUUUUUGCAAGCUAUUUUUAGAUAGACCCCCAAUAAAAAAAAGUGUAAUGAAAUGCAUGAAAUCUUUCAUUUAGGGUAUAUCAACUAUUGUUUGUUUUGGGGGUUUUUUGAGCAGUGGAGUGUCCCUUUAAUACCACCCACACUUAACUUCAGUAUCAAGAGCUGCCACCACCAAGGCAGUUUAUAAAAUAGGGAGCCCUGGUUUUCCAAGCAGAGGAGAUAAAAAAAAAACCACAAUUAUAAUAUAGCACAAUAUUAAUGACAUUUGAAAAUUAUAAUAAAUCAGUCUUUUCUGGUAAUGUAAUUCCUUAUUUAUGGAAUCUUUAGUCCAGGGGAGAAUCCAUGCCAUGCAAAAGGCAGGGGAGAAUAAGCAACUUUAUUUUUCAUAAUAUGUUUUUUUUUUUAUUCUUUCCUCCUACACUACAGUCCCUACCACCCCCCAAUGCAUAUAACAACCCCUGUUCCCUAACACAAAAACAUUAUUACCCCCCCAACACACACAAAAACACACACAUACAAGCCUGUAGCUUCUCCAACAAACAUGCAAUAGGCCCUACCAACCGCCCUACACAUAUACACGAAAGCUCCUAUCCACCCCACACACCACAGCCCCAAUUUCCUCCUCACAUACUCACACUACAGCCUCUAUCCCCCUUAAAACACUUUAUACAGCCCCAUUCCCCCAAACACACACUACAGACCAUAUCCUACCCUGCACACAUACACUACAGGCCAAAUCCUAUCACACAUAUACACUACAGCUCCAAUUUCCUUCCCAAACAUGCCCUACAGCCCUUAUCCCCUGGAAAACACCCUAAAGGCCCUAUUCCCCUAAACUCACACACACAUAUAUUAAACUGUAAACGGCACCAUGCACACACUCACAAACCCACAACAGCCUCCCUCCCACACACAUAAUUCCCAAACAUCAUCCCCACAUAUACACCGAAUCCCACAAGUAGCUUCCCCAGAAAUAUGUAACACCAAAUGCAGCCUCCCUUCACACAUGUAAAACCACAAGCAGCCACCCACACACACAUUAAAUUUCACAAGCAGCCUCUACAUAAAUACACAACACUCUCAACUCUCUCCCAGCCCAGUCCCACUUAUCAUCCAAUCAUUCACCUAGUCAGAUUCACCAACAUCACCAGAUCUACUCAUCAUUACCAAACUAAUUAUUUAUACAUUUAAUUAAAUUUCCCAAACUAGCCCGUUUCACCCAACCAAUUACAUACCACCACAAAGUAGUCACAUUGACCUAUCUAAUCACACCAAAUAUUUUGCAUAUAUGUUUAUAUGAAAGGUGGGGGCUGCAUUGAGAAUAUUGACUUCAAGGCAGCAAGGAGAACAAAACCAGCCCUGGUCAAACGGUUACCAAAUGGUUUGACUACUUACAUGGCAGGGCGCCAAUCACUCUGUGCACUGUAGUUGUUACAGUGCUUGGAGUGUUCCUGUAAGUAAGGCAUAUUUAGCAAAGGCUUAAGUGUCUGAAUAUUGUUGAACAAUUACAAAGUUGUCAUUUUAAUGUUAAGGCGAAUAUCCAAAGUUUAAAUGAUUUUCUAGAUUUAAUGUCUAUAUAAAUUCAAGUAAGUGUAUUUCGAAUAAUCUACUGUCACAUUGGUCACAAGAAGAUACAAUGAAUAAAGAUGAGACCAAGUAAGGUCCAAGUAUGCUACCUUGCAUGCCAAAAUGCUACUGUGUGAUCAACUGGCUGACAAGGACAGAAUCCUAACUCCGCACAUCUCUUUCCUACAGGCGUGACAUGCAGCACUUUGGAGUUAAGGUUUGCAUUAUAGAGCCAGGUUUCUUCAAGACUGCAGUGACAAAUCUCGACUCUAUUGAGAAGUCGUUGCAGCAGCUAUGGGACCAGAUGCCACCUGAAACACAAAGAAGCUAUGGACAUACCUUUUUUAAACAAUGUACGUAUCUUUAUAACAUAUAAAUAGAGGGUUUUUAAAUUGGAAAAAUAGCCACGCUGCAACUAUAGCUGAUUUUAAGUACGCUAAAUUAAAAAUCAAACUACAAUUUUGUUUUGUUUUUAUUUUUCUUAAAAUAACAAUUCACAUAUGAUACAGUAGAAAACACAUACCGAUUGACAUGUAGUAAUACGGUCAUUUAAACAGUGAAUACAUUUACAUAGUUGAUGUGUAAAUGACUGAUUUACUAUAUGUCAUAUAAGAGCUUUUCAAGCACCAUAACUACUACAGUACACUGUAGUGGUUAUGGUGACAGGAGUGUCCGAGUGCCUUCCUACCGGAGGACCACUUAUACUGAGGGGUGCCAGGGCAAAACUGGCACCAUAACCACAACAGCACUGUUUUUGUUAUGUUGCUUAAACUGUUCCUUUAACAAAUAUAUCUAUUUGUGAGGUGUGAAAAAUAAAAUGAAAUGUAGAAAUUCACACCUCUUUGUUCUGCAACUGGGUGGCUCUGUCUUACUUAUCGGUAAUUGUUGUAAACUUUGUACUUUUACAACAAAUAUUGUCAGCAAAGAGAAAGCAUAUUGAGAAGAAAUUAAAACAUUCGUUCAAUUUCUCCUUCUCGUUUACAAUGCUUGCCCUGGCUUUACCUUGUCUCAAUUGGAUGAUUCUGUAUUAUUUAUUUAUUUAUUUUUAAUAUAAAUUUAGAGAAAGAAAGAAGCAUCUCAUUAAACAAAGUUCAGCAGAGGUUAUACGUUGUCGAUGCUUUAUACAGUGGUGUAAAUUCCUCUUUUAACUUGAAAAAUUUAAGAAAGACUUCAAAUAAUAAUUAAAAAAAGAGACAAAAACACAUAUAAUAUUUUUUUUAAUUGGAGUGUUCCUUUAACAAACUGGUGGCAUCCGGUGUGUUAUUAAUCAUAAUUGAAAUUUUUCUAAAUUACAUUUUUAUUAACAUUUUUGUUGACCUUCUCGUUACUUGUUAGGUUGCAGUAAAGAGGUAGGACUCGCAGGCAAGAGAGGCAAGUCAAAGAGUUAAAGGACCACUAUAGUGCCAGGAAAACAUACUCGUUUUCCUGGCACUAUAGUGCCCUGAGGGUGCCCGCACCCUCAGGGUCCCCCUCCCGCCCAGCUCUGGAAGGGGGAAAGGGGUAAAAACGUACCUUUUUCCAGCGCUGGGCGGGGAGCUCUCUGCCUCCUCUCCUCCUCCGAUCCACCCCGUCGGCUGAAUGCGCACGCGCGGCAAGAGCUACGCGCGCAUUCAGCCGGUCGCAUAGGAAAGCAUUCAUAAUGCUUUCCUAUGGACGCUUGCGUGCUCUCACUGUGAUUUUCACAGUGAGAAGCACGCAAGCGCCUCUAGCGGCUGUCAAUGAGACAGCCAUUAGAGGAUUUGGAGGAAGGCUUAACCCAUUGAUAAACAUAGCAGUUUCUCUGAAACUGCUAUGUUUAUUAAAAAAAUGGGUUAACCCUAGAAGGACCUGGCACCCAGACCACUUCAUUAAGCUGAAGUGGUCUGGGUGCCUAGAGUGGUCCUUUAAGAGAAAACAAUUCCUAGAUUUUACUAGUAUCAUGACGUAAAGUCAUGAUUUUAUUAAAGACACGGAGGCGAGUAUUAUGCAUAACUCUUUCUUUAUUUCCUCAGCAGCAAAGAUAGAGGAAUAUAAAUAUUAUCAAAUUGAAAGCAAAAAACUGUAUAAGUACACAGGCAACCAAUAGCAUAACAUAGGAAGUGGCUAUAUAAGGCCUGUGUCUCCCACAAUCCUCCUCUUUCUUGCGAAAACCGAGGACCAGCUAAGACGAAACGAUAUCCCACAUGGUCAGAAACAGGAACGGAAGCGCUUCAACAACUUCAAGCUAAAAGAGAGAGAGAAAUAUGGUAAUAACUAAACCCAAACUGUUUGCUUACCAGUCAGAACUGUUGGUCAUUCAUGAAACUGAAACGAAAUCUGAAAUUACAACAUAUGAUUGACAUCAAGCAGUUAUAUGCUUCAAACGAAAGUCAAGACAAAAAAGAGGACCAAAAUGUAACAUACCUGGAAAAUCCAAAAAAAAAAAAAAGCGCAUCUCCCUCGCAAACCCCCACACCGGGAGGGUGGGAGGGAAUAAUACUCGCCUCCGUGUCUUUAAUAAAAUCAUGACUUUACGUCAUGAUACUAGUAAAAUCUAGGAAUUUUAUUAAAGACACGGAGGCUCAUAUUAUGCAAGUUCAAAGCUGUGCUACUAUCUGAGAUGCGAUGUGUUCAAUUGGUUUGAAAUAGAAGUCUCGGAAGGUGGACUCACGAGACCAGUCUGCAGCUCGCAUGAUGUCCUCCAGACGGCAACCCACUAAAGAUGCCUUCGAGGCCAUGGCACCCCUCACGGAGUGAGGCGUAAAGGUAGAAGUGUCUAUACCCGCUAGGGAUAAAAGCCAACGAAUCCAACGCGCUAGCGUCGGAGUCGACACCGGUUGAUGAGGUGCCUUAAAGGAAAUGAAUAGGGGAUGACGAUCAGAAGAACGAAACGUUCUUGUAGCAUCCAUAUAAGCCUUAAGACAAUCCACCGGACAGAGUGCCGGGCACCCUGAGAACCUAGGGUACACGAAGGAUUUGGAUGCCGACUUAGUCCUAGAGAUGUUGAAAGUAACACCCUCAGGAGUAAACACGAUGGCACCCCAAUCCAGGGCCCUGACAUCGGAGACUCUCUUACAAGAGAUAAGACAAAGCAGCAUAACCAGUUUGGAUGACAGCUGUUUGAGAGUCAAUGCUUGGUUAGGGUACCAAGCCGAUAGGAACUGCAACAUUAUGUUGACGUCCCAAAAGGCCGAAAAACGCGACCGGGGUGGACGGGCGAGGCGAAUACCUCUAAGAAGGCGACAUAUAAAAGGAUGCCUACCGACGGGUGUGCCUUCUAAACCAUCGUGUCCGGCCGAAAUGGCCGAGCGAAAAAGAUUGAUAGUCCUGUACGCCUUGCCCGAAUCGAACAGGGACGUGAGAAAUUCCAUGAUCAGAUGGAAAGGGGCAGAUACGGGAUCCAUUGCCCGUUCCAUGCACCAACCCGACCAAGACUUCCAUGCUGCCCGAUAAGCUGAUCGUGUGCCCGGGGCCCACGCGUUAUCGAGGAGCAAGAGAGUUGUCUGUGGAACGUUAGGGACAAUCCAGCGUCCCCUGAAAGGAGCCAAGCCACCAGGGGCAACUGGUGCCGCAUCACCAGUUCGUGCGAGUUCCCAUCCGGAUCCAGGAGGAGAUCCGGGAAGUUCGGCAACAACCGUGGGAAGUCUAUCGACAACUCCAUCAGUCGAGGGAACCACGGACGGGAUCUCUACAGGGGAGUGAUCAGAACCAGACAACAGUCGUGGCGAACCAUUUUGGAGAGUGUGCGAGCAAUCAUGUUGAACGGAGGAAAGGCAUAGAGGCGACCCGGGGGCCAUUCUUGAAGAAAGGCAUCCGUCGCCACUGCCGCCGGAUCUGGCCUCCAACUGUAGAAUUUCGGUACCUGAGCGUUCAGCCGAGAGGCGAACAGGUCCAUCUCGAAACGACCCCAUUGACCUUCUAGGCCUCGGAAGACCGAGCCGUGCAAGCGCCAGUCUCCCGAGUCUCUUAAAUGUCUGGAAUUCCAAUCCGCAGUCGAAUUGUCCAGACCCGGAAUAUGCUCCGCCGUCACAGAGACGUUGUUGUAAAGGCAGAAUUGCCAAAACUCUUUUGCCAGAAGAGCCAACAUCUUGGAUUUGGUGCCACCCAGGUGAUUGAUGUAUCGGACCGCUGAUACGUUGUCCAGCUUGAGGAGAACGCAACAGUUUGCCCGUCCCGGGGUAAGGCUGCGGAUUGCAAAGGCUCCUGCCAGGAGCUCCAGGCAAUUGAUGUGUAAUGACUUCUCUGCGUCGGACCAUCUGCCUCCCGUGGAGGCGUUGCCACAACGAGCGCCCCAGCCGUAUAAGCUGGCGUCCGAUUCUAUGACUACGUCCGGAAGGGAACCGAAAAUUGCCCUUCCGUUCCAGGCCUCCAUGUGGGCUAGCCACCAGGCUAUCUCUUCCCUGGAUUCCUCGUCCAAACGAAUCCGUGAUUCGUAAGAGUGGCCUGAACGAAGGUGUGACCCCUUGAGCCGCUGCAGGGCUCGAUAAUGCAACGGGCCAGGGAAUAUCGCCUGAAUGGAGGAUGCCAGUAGGCCGAUGAUCCUCGCCAACUGACGUAACGAGAGAUCUGAGGCCCGGAGAGCUCGCCGGAGCUCUUUCUGAAUGGCCUUCAUCUUUGAUUCCGGCAAGUAGAGGAAUUGCCGUAUGGAAUCCACCUGAAACCCCAAAAACUCCAUCGACUGGGCGGGGGUCAUGACCGACUUGUCCCAGUUGAUUAGAAAACCUAGAUUCUGCAAAAGGUUGAUAGUCCAGCUCAGAUGCAACUCCAGGCAUUCUUUCGAUUGGGACAUAAUUAAAAUGUCGUCCAGGUAAAUAAUGAGGCGAAACCUCUGGUACGGAGGUACGCCACCACCGGCUUCAUCACCUUGGUGAAACACCAAGGGGCCGAGGAGAGACCGAAUGGCAGGCAUGUAAAACGCCAACGCCGUCCGUGCCAGGUGAAAUGCAAGUAGUCCCUGUAUUCCACCGCUAUUGGGACCGUGAAGUACGCGUCCUUCAGGUCCAAUUUGGCCAUCCAAUCCGACUGCCGCAGCAGAUCCCUGAGACAAUGGAUGCCCUCCAUCUGAAAAUGUUGGUAGCGCAGAAACGCGUUGAGAGGGCGAAGAUUUAUAACCGGGCGGACCCCGCCCCCUUUCUUGGGUACUAAGAAGAGAUUGCUCGUAAAGCCUGGGGCGGCGAACGGCAAUUCUUCUAUGGCACCCUUUGAAAACAUCUCCUCGACCUCCGCGGAGAUCAUCGCGUCCUGUUCCGGUGGGAGAGACAACUCCCUGGGAACAGAAAUUUGAACAGGCAGGGAAACAAACUCUAGGCGAUAACCCUUUACGCAUUGCAGAACCCAAGCAUCCGCAGUUAUAUCUGCCCACCUUAGGUAGAAAAAGGCCAGCCUCCCCGCCACCCGAACCUGAUCGAGAGGGGAAGAAAGGGUACUCACCAUAAGGGCGUCUGCCCGAAGUUCCACCACGGGGGUAUCUGGAGCCCCACGAUCUCCCCCUUGCCGGGAAGAAGGAAGGAGUUUUCGGGUCCUGGAACCCUCUGGAGGGAAAAAAGGAACCUCUGGUGGCACGGAAUGAGCCUCGGAAACCACGGCCGGGAGGACGGUUCCUGUUACGCCCGGCCCCUCUGAAAACCUUGGGCGCGAAGACGCGCUUCAUAUUUGCCUGCGCCUUGUCAAUAGCCGUAAAGGUCUUGACAUAUGACCCCAUGUCCUUCACGAAGGAUGUGCCAAACAACAGACCUUCAUCAGCCGAAUCAGGCUCCGCCACAGACAUAGCGGCCAAUUUAGGGUCAAUCUUUAGUAGAAUGGCCUUGCGCCUCUCGGAGGACACCGCCGUGUUGGCGUUACCCAGAAGGCAUAUAGCCCGUUGGACCCACCCGAUGGCCACAUCCACAUCCAAAACAGAUUCCCCUGAUCUAGUGGCAUCAAGAAGCUCGUACAGCUUCGACAGGGGGCCCAGCGUAUCCAGGAUCCUAUCCUGGCAUCCCUUCAGGGAAUGAUCAAGACCCUUCUUAGGUUUCCAGCCAGAUUUAUUUAAAAAUUGGGCGAUUUGUGGGUCGAUUUCUGGGGUUUUGCAGGCAGCGCCAGGGAGAGAAGGCCGUGGGCACUCGGCGCGCAGCUUAUUGCGGCCUUCUUUGGAUAGUGGCGUGCGAAUUCGCUUAGCCACAUAUUGGGCGAUGUGGUCCGGAGGGACCCAUUCGGCAGACCGCGGGUGACGGAGGUCGUCCGGGUCAAACAUGGGGUUACCCUGUGGGUCUAGCAGGGCUAUAUUGUCCCCAGCGGGGCCAGUGACCUUACCUCGGGGGUUGGCAGAGGACCUAGAAGGGGGAGCCCCCGUAGGGGGUAUGUCCUCUCCCGACUCGUCAUCAACAAAGGAGUCGUACUCCAUAAAAUCGGAUUCAUUUUCCACACUCCGGUCGGAAUCCGACUCAUCAUCCAGGGCUCUAGCCCGUUUCCACAAUCUAGCCUUUUUAGCCCGGCCAGGGGCUCUUGUGCGCGUGGGAUGCGCGCUAUCUGUGACCGCCAGAGGCAAGUCAGUCAUGGCAGGCAAAACCUGCAUCGAGGAGUGGGAACCGAUAUGACGAGAUUUAUCCUUCGCCUUACGGGCACCCGGCACAGUAUGGGCAGGAGAAGGGGACCCCACACCCAGGGGGGCAGGGGUAGCCGUGGAAGGCAAAAACCCAGAUUGCAGAGACUGGGUAAAGGAGGAGGAGACAGCCCCCAUAGCUGAGGCAAUAGCCUUCUGAAGGGAGGAAGCCAUAGUGGCCUCUAAUAAGGCUUGAAACUCCUGAGAUGCCAUAGCACCCUCAGGGUUAACAUUAGGAAAAUCCUCAGAGGGAUCAGUAGGCCCAUCCUCCCUAUCCUGCAUAAUGGCAGAGACACUAGAAAAACGGCACUGAACAAUAAAGGUGAAAACUAAAUAAGUGGGUUGAUUAACCCAGCAACAACACAAAGGACCUGAUCGCUGGUGUAGCAGGGAGACCCAGAGAGAACAGACCGCACGGCAGGACACUGAGCGAUGCGUAGCGAUCACCCAAAAUGGCCGCCGUCUAAUAACAAACUGCACACGUGUAGAGGCCCCCGGCGGGGGAAGGGGCGCGCGCGCACCUACCCGCGCGGGUAGUCUGUGAAAGGGAAAAACACGAGCGCACUCAGCCGCGGUGCCGAGAGAAAACCGCCGCGGCAGAGGGCAGCGCUGGGAAGCGCUCGGUGAGAGAUAGGGGCGGGAGGGAGGGGAAGAGAGAGAGCCCGCGGCCGCGGGCAAAACGCCCCAGGGAGGUCCCCAAAUACACCAACGAUCCAGGCAACAAGAGUAAAAGACAAGCAAUAAAACAAUAAAUAAUAAUGAGCAUGACGCAAAACCAGAAAACACAACAAAUAAUACUAAUAAAAAGCAAUGAGUAGAGAGCUCAAUAAUGGUACUUAGCUGUCUGAGGAAGCAGCAAAGAAAGAGGGGGAUUGUGGGAGACACAGGCCUUAUAUAGCCACUUCCUAUGUUAUGCUAUUGGUUGCCUGUGUACUUAUACAGUUUUUUGCUUUCAAUUUGAUAAUAUUUAUAUUCCUCUAUCUUUGCUGCUGAGGAAAUAAAGAAAGAGUUAUGCAUAAUAUGAGCCUCCGUGUCUUUAAUAAAAUCUAUACUGUGCAUCAUAAAUAUUGGGAAGGUUACAAGCCAACAAAUAUGUUGAAUCAAAGCGUAGCAACUUAUGUUUAGGUAUUAAUGGUAGUGUCAUGGUGUAGCCUAUGGUAUCUUGUAUUAGCGUACUGUUAGUAGUUUUUCGAUGUAACUUGAGUUAGUGAUGUAGCUCCUAUGUCCAUAUUAAUCAUAAUUUUAUACAGCUUUUUGUCACUUACCGUAAAUAACUUUUUUUUUUCUUAUGCUUGUGUUAAUUUUUAGAUCUCAAAGUACAAAGGAUUAUCAUGAAUUUCAUCUGUGAUCCUGACAUCUCCAAAGUGCCAAAGUGCAUUGAACAUGCUUUACAAGCUUCAUAUCCGCGAACCAGAUAUAGCCCAGGUUGGGAUGCCAAACUGGUGUGGCUACCAGCCUCCUACAUGCCAUCUUUUAUUGUGGAUGCAGUCCUGGCUUUUGUCCUUCCCAAACCAGAGUACAGAGUUUGCUAAGACUAUUAAAUGACAGAGAAUCAUCCUUUUAGAGAAAUGUGGUAAAAAAAAGUCUAGCGCAGUAUUUACUUUUACACACUUUACAUGUUAUUGUAAAUUUUAUAUUUAUCAUCACCACAAGGCUCUCGACUUACUGAAGACCAAAUGAAUUGUCUUUGAUAAUGGAGAGAGGAUCAUUUAUUUAUAAUACAUUUUGUGUGACAUUUUUAAUAUUAGAGAUUUCAUUAUGCCCUAUGUGUUGGCAUACAUUGUAACAUGAUUUUUUUUUUUUUCGUUCUAUACCAUACUGACCUAUUAUGAUAAUUUAUCUCUGUGAUUCUAGAUAGCAACUGCUUUAUACUGACAUAUAUGAUGAUGUCUAUCCUACAACAGAAUACUACACGUAAUCCUUUUUACAUUAAGGUGUAUAGAAACAUAGAAUGUGACGGCAGAUAAGAACCAUUCGGCCCAUCUAGUCUGCCCAAUUUUCUAAAUACUUUCAUUAGUCCCUGGCCUUAUCUUAUAGUUAGGAUAAACUUAUGCCUAUCCCAUGCAUGCUUAAACUCCUUUACUGUGUUAACGUCUACCACUUCAGCUGGAAGGCUAUUCCAUGCAUCCACUACCCUCUCAGUAAAGUAAUACUUCCUGAUAUUAUUUUUAAACCUUUGCCCCUUUAAUUUAAGACUAUGUCCUCUUGUUGUGGUAGUUUUUCUUCUUUUAAAUAUAGUCUCCUCCUUUACUGUGUUGAUUCCCUUUAUGUAUUUAAAUGUUUCUAUCAUAUUCCUCUUGUCUCAUCUUUUCUCCAAGCUAUACAUGUUAAGAUCAUUUCAGCUUUCCUUGUAACUCUUGUCCUGCAAUCCAUGAACUCGUUUAGUAGCCCUUCUCUGAAUUCUCUCUAAAGUAUCAAUAUCCUUCUGGAGAUACAGGUCUCACCAGUGUUCUGUACAAUGGCACUUGCCUCUUUCUACUGCUAAUACCUCUCCCUAUACAACCAAGCAUUCUGCUAGCAUUUCCUGCUGCUCUAUUAUAUUGUCUGCCUAACUUUAACUCAUCUGAAAUAAUUACCCCUAAAUACCUUUCCUCAGAUGUUGAGGUUAGGACUCUAUCAAAUAUUCUGUACGCUGCCCUUGGGUUUUUACAACCAAGAUGCAUUAUCUUGCACUUAUCCACAUUAAAUGUCAGUUUCCACAGCUUUGACCAUUUUUCUAGUUUACCUAAAACAUUUGGCUUAUCCCUCCUGGAACAUCAACCCUGUUACAUAUCUUAGUACCAUCAGCAAAAAGACAUACCUUACCAUCAAGACCUUUUGCAAUAUCACUAAUAAAAAUAUUAAAGAGAAUGGGUCCAAGUACAGAUCCGUGAGGUACCCCACUGGUGACAAGCCCAAGCUUCGAAUAUAUUCCAUUAACUACAACCCUCUGUUGCCUGUCACUCAGCCACUGCCUUACCCAUUCAACAAUCCAAACCUAAAGAUUGCAGUUUAUUGAUAAGCCUUCUAUGUGCAACAGUGUCAAAAACAUUACUGAAAUUUAGGUAAGCAAUGUCUACUGCACCACCCUGAUCUAUUAUUUUAGUUACCCAAUCAAAAAAAUCAAUAAGAUUAGUUUGGCAUGAUCUCCCUGAAGUAAACCCAUGUUGUCUCUGAUCUUGAAAUCCGUGUGAUUUUAGAUGUUCAACAAUCCUAACCUUUAACAUGGUUUCCAUUACUUUCCCCACUACCGAAGUAAGGCUUACUGGCCUGUAGUUUCCCGACUCCUCCCUACUACCUUUCUUGUGAAUAAGCACAACAUUCGCUAAUUUCCAUUCUUCUGGGAUUACUCCUGUUAACAAUGAUUGGUUAAAUAAAUCUGUUAAUGGUUUUGCUAGUACACCACCAAGCUCUUUUAAUAACUUUGGGUGUAUUCCAUCAGGUCCCAUUGACUUAUUUGUCUUUACUUAUUUGACAGUUGAAAUAGAACCCCUUCCUCUGUAAACUCACAUGUAACAAAUUACUCAUUUGACCUUUUUCCUAACUGAGGCCCCUUUCCUUCAUUUUCAUCUGUAAAUACUGAACAAAAAUAUGAAUUAAUGCAGUCAGCUAGACCUUUAUCCUCAAUUACAUACUUUCCUUCUUUUGUUUUUAAUCUAACUAAUCAUUGUUUUACUUUCCUUUUCUCACUUAUGGAGCUAAAAAGUGUUUUGUCCCCUUUUUUACUGACAGUGUGUAUAGUUAAUAUUUUGUCUUUCCAAUAGAUUUUUUUUAUCCUUCUUUUCCAUAGCCUAUGGAUCAUAUUCUUUUUAAUUGAUCAAUUAAUAUACUAGAAGUUUGUGUUAUGAUUUUUUUUAGUGAAAGUUAAUGUUACUAGUCUGCAUUAUCCCUGACAUAAAUGGCUUGACUAUGGCCCAUUACAGAACUGCCUAUAUUAAACAGAUUUAUACAGACUUCAUAUGAUUUCUAGUCUUCCAGACUGCUUCAGUGACCAGUCCCCACACAUAAUGCAAUUUAGCAUAAAGUACUUUAUGUAUAAGAAGCAUAUCAUGUUAAUUGCUGUUUAUAAAAGUGCUGAUUUCUAUUUGGUAUUGGAACUUUGAUAAAUAAUUGCAGAAACACGUCCCUGGCUGCAGGGCCUAAUUUAGAGCCCAUUGGGCCUGGUGCUGCCAAUUAUGAUGGUACUAAUUACAGAAUUUUAUCGACAGAAAACACUAAAACAGUUACACUUCCCAAGUGUCAUGUAUCUGGUGGAGGUGAUGAUGGAGAGAAACUCACAGGAUGCCUUAUAUAGACAGGAAUAUAAGAAUAAAAGAGAAUAUGAAUAUAAGAAUACACAUACCCUAUGAAAAUCUUCAUCUCUCAACCAAAUCCAUACUCCCCAACAUCAGUGUCCUAUGUAGCGGGAUGUUGAGGGGGGAGGGGCAGGCAGGAUUAGAGAAGGUGGGCUAGUGACACAAAUCACGACAUUGGCACAACCCAAAAUGGCAAACCCUCCCAGAAAGAGGGCAGGUUUGCCUGAAGAAUUCAAAGCUCUGUCUGGCGUGGAUGCAAGGCUGCCUGCCAAUCGCACAGGCUGACCAACUAAGGGCGGACUAGGCAGAUAGCGCUGUUUCAGCACCUUGAACUUGGCGUGAAUACGUCCAAUGAUGUGCUCGCUCUACAUUUUCUGGGGACUGUCCCUUUGAACUCACUUGUCCACUCCUAGCAGGCAGAAGCUCCCAGUAUGCAGUCUGGGACAGAGAACAAUUGGACAAUUGGAUGUGGUGAAUGUAGAGAGACCAAAUCAGCAAGAGCAUUUGCACAGUGUUCAAAGUCAGCUUUGCCUAUACUAAUUUAAAUUCAGCCAGCCCACACUAGUUGUGUUCCCCUACAGCCUUCCUAGGUUCCCAUAUUUAAUUAUCUCUGCACAAAGCAAGAGCAAUCAGUAAAAGUAGAAAAGUAGUGAAAAAAAAUAAAAUAAAUGCAAAUCAAUGGACCUAUUCCAUAAGUAUGGUCCUGGAGAUCCGGCUUCUUUAGCCCCUAUGUUUAAUCUGGCUCUUCCUAGCUGUCAGUCAGACAAGUGGGGAGUUUAUAUUCCUGAUACCAUUAUCUCCUUAUAGCUAACUGAAGUGGCAGGGGUGCCCUGCUUUAGUGUGCCUGCCAUAACCCCCCAAGUCACAGUGAGCCUGUGAGCGCACAUCCACAGGGCUUGUCUUACUUGGCUGUUCCCUGCCUCCUACUUGGAAAGCCCUGCACAUGCACACUCACACGUGUAAGUACAUGCAUACACUCAUGGCUCAAAACCAGAGGCUUCCAGAUGAAAAGCCUCUGAUUGGUCAUUUCCCCAUCAAAUACUGAAAGUCUGCGCUAAGGAGAAAGGGGAGGGCUGGGAAAGGCUCCAGACAAGAGAUCUGCAGCUUUUGCAAGCUCUUUUUAGAUAUACACCCUUAGCAUGCAUGUCCUCAUUGGAAGUAUGUCUACUAAAAAUGUAAUCCAUUUGUGGGGCCUAGCUCCUGAGCUGAGUGGACAUGCAGAUCCUGAGCUCCAGAAAUAUAUGUUGAUUUUAGGGUACUUCACACUGUCACUUGGCACGAACACCCACCGCGAGCACUAUCUGAGUCUGGGGUUCCCCGAGGACUGACCAGAGGAUUCGUAUGAACCCACAACAGAUUGGUGACUCGAAAAACUAAGCUGUGCCCUACUGGGGACAGAACCAGGAAGAAGCGGCUGAUCUCCUUGCCCUCAGGUUCCCGGUUCAGCAUCACUACACUCCUACCCCCUGGACCAGUGGGGGUUAUCCCAGUCCCCACUGAACUCUCUUGGGCUACUCAUCCAAUCCUAAUCUCACGCUCCAGGCCACUACUUGCGGUAGGUUCAAAGUGCUGCGCACACAAAAUGGCGUCCACCCCUGAACUCAUGGAGCAGGACCUAAGUCACUUCUCUUUAGAGUGUACCUUACGAAAGCUUUAUGCAAUCUGCCAGAGCUUCUAGAAGAAGAUACACAAACGCACAUGGGCUGCUGUGCAGGGAACACAGAACGAAAGCAUAGGAAGCUUGCUGCCUGACCGACAGGGUCCUCCUCAGGGUGAUCCUAUUAUGCCAGCGCAACCUCCCCAUGCUGUACACCCAUCAAGAUCCCCACGAGGCAUAGCCUCUUUGCAUCAACAACGCCUGUGGAGGAUUUCUCGACGACGGCGCUUACCACCUGGUUCUCUAUAAUUCUCCGGAGGAAGAAAGGACUUAGUACAUGGAUAGGUCCAAGUCUGUGGAAAAUCGAUGCCAGCCCUCACACAGGCCUGGGGCUUGAGGAGAACCCUACCCAAGCGAUGCUAACCACCGGGCCUUUGCCCAUAGCCUGCCGGCUUUGCUGCCUGAUCGGCUGAAACAGGAAUAGAUCUGCAGCCUCCUGAAAAUCACCAGCCAUCUCCCUGUAUGGGACUUGUAUAAAAGGGGACAUUUAUUUCCUAGAGGCCUACCGCUCAAGCUUUAGUGAUGUAUAAUGAUGAACAGUAUUAGAAACUAUUGUUUUGAUUUACUUUCAACACAUAUGUUUUUUCCAUGUAUAUGCCCUGGAGUGUUACCCAGACAGUCUCAGUGGUACUUACUUUGCCUAUAAGGCACACUCAGGUCUAGCUUAACUUUACUAGUUUGACAUGCUUAAUGUUUCUUUAUAUCUUGUACAGUAUUAUGCAGACCUAGACCGUAACCAGCCUGACUCCUUUAUGGAAACUUUUUCUUGUACGCCUAAUCUGUUUCCUCUAAUUUAACAAGGAAAAUUUGCUGUUUUAUGAGUUUGUUGUUCGCUUGCUCUGUGGCGCUGCAAGCCUGUUUGUAACUUUAAGCACAGUAAAAAUAAAGACUGACAAAAAAUCCAUCCAGAGUUCCUUUAAGAAAUACAGGAAAUCUAAAAAAAAAUGUAAAAAUAUAUUUAGCAAUAGCCUAUAAAUACUACAAGGUUUUGUAGAAUAUGCAAUUGUGCUGCUAAGUUCAAAAAGUGGGGCUACCCACUGAUUUCCCUAGAGUUACCAUGGAAACCAAAUAUUUGUACUGAUUUACCACUUUUUGCACUUUGCAGUGGAAUUACACUUUAUACAUCCAUGAAUGUACUGUACGCGCAACACUUUUCAUAUGUAAUCCAUUAACUUUCUUUUGUGUAUUAUUAUUAUUAUAAUUAUUAUUGGAAGUUAAGUAUUGUGUCACUUUAAAAAA